AUGCAGACCUUACUGAGACCCCGCCCCGGAGAGCCCACUCUCUUUGGCCCACCCACCAAUCAGUGCACUCAGCUAUGGGGUGUCUGGGAAAUGUGGUGCGUGUUGCCUGAUGGCCACGAAGCAGCAACUGCUACACCAAAUGUGCGUGGCAGCGGCGCGAAGAAGGGUGGUAUGUCCAAGACGAAAGUGAAGAAGGCGACAUGGCUUGACCAGGUGCGAAGCAUCGGUCUAUUCGACAGUGCUGAAGGGUUCUGGGGGAUUAUUACAUGUACACUCAAUCCUUCGCAGCUACCGCCCGGAUUUAACUACUACCUCUUCCGGCGGAAUAUCGCCCCUAUGUGGGAGCACGAAGCCAACCGCAGGGGUGGGCGCUGGGUAAUGCGUUUCCGCGUCUCUCAACACGAUGACAGCCCCGCUACCGCUCUCGACGGCGCUGUGGCUGCCGCAGCUGAGGGUCAACUCCCAGUGGAUCGAGCAUGGGAGGCGCUUUGUGUUGCAAUGAUUGGUGAGCAGCUCCCAGGCGAUGAAACAGAGAUUUGUGGAGCAGUGGUGCGGCGGGCAGAGCGUCGGCGAGACUGGAAGUUAAGCCUCUGGACCCGAACCGCCGCGGACCGCUGCACGCAGGAGCGCAUCGGCUUUUUUGUGAAGGACCUGCUUCAUUUGGAAGAUGGUUCACUACAGUAUUUCUCGCACCGCGAACUAAUGCAAGCGAGUGAGAAGGGGAACUGGGAUGUCCCACCCUUGUAUCAAUUGUGA